AUGUCUGGCAGUUUCUAUUUCGUGAUUGUGGGUCAUCAUGAUAAUCCAGUGUUUGAGAUGGAAUUUCUUCCACCAGGAAAAACAGAAUCUAAGGUAUCUGCCUUUUAAAAUCUUUGUUAUUGUGUUGUUUUGUUGCAUCUUCUCUAUCCUUACUCUAAAUAGGGGGGGUUAGAGGGGGAAGAAUCACCAGGUCAUCUAUGUUUCUAUUCACACUUAAAGGGACACUAUAGUCACCAGAACAACUACAGCUUAAUGUAGUUGUUCUGGUGAGUAUAAUAAUUUCCUUCAGGCAUUUUUAUGUCAACACUGCCUUUUGCGUGGCCCCGCCCCCUUGCCGAUUGAAUUGGCUAAAAAUCAGCAAUUAUGAUGUCACCAAGGGGGCGGAGCUAGCACUGGUGGACCUGCGCGGGGCUGGAAAUAAGGUGAGUUUUAAUUGCUUUUAAGAGGGCUAAGGAGGGACAAGCCACCUAAAGGGUCAGGAAUACAUGUUUGUGGUCCUGAUCCUAUAGUGUUCCUUUAAGUGACUAACCCUGUUUGUAUUGCUUUUGGAAUUAAGACUUCACAUUGAUAAUAUUGAUAAAGUGUGGAGAGAGAGAAGCGCCGUUCCGAUCAGCAUACCACAAGAAUCCUGUGAAUAUAAAGCAAUCCCACUAACUCUGGUACAGCUAGUAUACCCUUGUCGCCACAAAACGACUCGAGGCUGCGAUUUGAGGGUCAAAACGAACUGGGUUUAAUAGCACACAGGCAUCGCUAUUUAUGCAAAACCCCAGGUCCAGGGACAGCCCCCUCUGGACCUGAUGGGAUACAGGGACAAUACAAACAGUUGACCAAUUGCAUUACAGUGUAUCAUUUGAAAUGGUCACCGCCCAGCUUGGAGAUAAUGACUCUAACAGUUAUGACAAUUUAAUUAUCUCCAAGCGCCCAAAUUCCCACGUUUUAUUGUAACAUAUAAAACAGUAUAAAAAUAUAUAACUAUAACAUUUUAAUAGACACAUCUUGCAUUCCACCAUUCGUUAGGUAGCCCCGAUCUGAGCGCAGCAGAUAGGCGAAUAGCGCUCAGAUCUCACAAACGGUGUAGCCAGUUUCUUCAAUACAAAGUCCGUUUGUGCCUUUUAGUCCCGAACACGAGAUGGUGGCCAUGUUUUCAGGUUGGUGAAUAGAGAGCGGGACCUGGACCUAAAACCCAUGGAGUAAGUAGCAGCUGAACAGUUGCGCGAACACCGUUCAGAGGAUGGUUGUCUCAGCCCUUCGUGAGCCGAACAAAGACGACCAUGAAGGUGGAUACUUAACUUGCGGUUAACCGCAGACCCAACGUUCUAAUUGGGGCCACACACCAGGAUGCUGGAGUCUUUCGUGAGUUUCAGUUCGGUGAAUUAUUACACAAACAAGGCCACCCUGAGACAGUCAAUUAAGCUUGCGGUUAACCGCAGACCGCAGCUUCCCAGUGGUCAAUUAGAAGCAAGCACACUCCGCUCGUAGGGUGGUCGGUCGUUCGGUUGUUUUUAAAGGUGAAAAAGGUUAAGUGGCAGCACACGCCAAGGGCUGGGUCGUCCGUCGUUCGUAUGCACGAAUACAUAGUCCACACUGUACGUGAAAUGAGUUUUAUACAGUAUAACUACCGAAACAGGGUAUACGGUGAAAUAAACAGGGUAAUCCCGUAACUAUCUGUAGAGUGCCCAUAACAAUACCUUACAUCAGGGUUCAACAAAUCGCAGAUCACAAUAGCGAAUAGGAAUUUUGCCCUGGUGCCUGGGUUUUUGGCUGGCUGAGGGAGAAUGGAGGUUGGUGGCGAGGGAGCUGUAAUCUUCCUGUUCUGCUCCCUCGCACUUCUUGUUGUAAAGCCAGGAGCCUGGAUAUGACAUCACACCGGUAUCACUAAACGGUGCGCAAGGGAGCACAGCUAGAAGAGCUUGAAGAUUACAGGCUCCAUAACACCGUGGUCAAAUCAUUCACUCCAGCCCUCCCAAAGGUAGGGAGACUGUGUGGACAUAAGUUAAAAUAAAACAAAUAAUAAUUUGUGAGUGUCCGGCCAUAGGAGAGCAUAUUGCGCAUGUAUGGCAACGCGCUGCAUCAAUCAGCAUUUCCUCAUAGAGAUCCAUUGAAUCCGUGCAUCUUUAUGGGUAACGUGCAGCACCUCUAUGCAUAGCGUGGAGGUGCUGAAUGUAGGUGCAUGCACUGGACUAGGAAGCACCUCUUGUAGCAGUGUUUAUUUGUGUCGUAAAAAUAAAACUUUGUUCAUUGAGAGAAGAAGAAAAAAACACUUCUAACUUUUUUACUUGGAUCCUAGGUUCAAAACAAGCCCUGCUUUACAUUCAUCAAGUAAAAUAAUCUAUUGAAAUUUAGCGUAUACACAGGAUGGUGUGGAUUGUUGGGAGUUGAAACUUAAUUGCAAAUUGUAGACCAAAGUAUUCAAACCGAAUAGCUGAUUUGUAGAAUAUUUCCAUCUUGGCUAUUUUUAUUUCACUACAAUUCACACUUUAUAUUUCAAUAUGUGUCACUCUGCACUGAUAUUCUCCUCGAUCACCUGCUGACUGUAGGUCACCACCAUCAUCUGGCAAGUUGCUGCCCAUUUUCCAAGUAUGUCUAUUUCCUUACAGCAUUCUGACCGCUGAUGGCUGUCAUGAGAAGAAUGGAGAAGUGGGAACAUAGCAGAUGCGUGCGAUAAUCCUUGGAGAUAACCUGGUCUCCAUAAGUUAUAUUGUUUGAAAACACGAUCUGUCCUUGUUUAAUAACAGGCAAAUAACGUGCAUAUACCAUUCUAUAUAGUUUUACAGUGAAUUGGUAUUGUGAAAAAUGUUAAAGGCCUUUGGAAAUCAUCAUAUAGGGUCCUCCAAGAAGGCAUUAUUUCUCCCUAAGACACUCUUUGCCAUUAUAGUAGAAUAAAGGGAAAAAAGGUCCAGGCACUCCUUGGUUUAAAAUAGGCACUUUAUUAGAACCACUUGCUGUGGUUCUAAUAAAGUGCCUAUUUUGAACCAAGGAGUGCCUGGACCUUAUUUCCCUUUAUUCUACUACAUUGGGAAUCUGGUGUUUGGUUCUGGUACAGCUAAAGCACCCUGGCUCAGAUUGAUGGGAGUGAGUGCAGUUCCCUACACACUCUAUAAGUCUUUGCCAUUAUGUGUUCAUUAUACUACUUAAUAAAUAUUUUUUUUGUCUCAAAAAUAAAAUAAAAAAAAUUGGAAAAACAAAUGGUGUCAACAUCCAUUACAUUGUAUCUUAAUAUAGUAGCAGAUCUCUAUUUCUUAUUUUAUGUGCCUUAUUUUCUCAUUUGUUAUAAGAAAAACUGGUGAUGUAAACAGUUUGCUUUUUAUGUUUUGUCCUUUAGGAUGACCAUCGCCACUUGAAUCAGUUUAUAGCUCAUGCUGCCCUUGACCUGGUAGAUGAGAAUAUGUGGCUUUCUAACAACAUGUACCUCAAGACUGUGGACAAAUUCAAUGAAUGGUUUGUCUCUGCGUUUGUAACUGCUGGUCAUAUCCUUUUUUAUUCUACAUAGGGUUAAUACCAUUUUUUUAAAUGACAUCAUCCACUGGUAAUCAAACUGUUCAUGCUGAAUGGCAUUAUGUCUGGUAUGCGGUAUCUUCUUACCUUUUAUUUGGAAAAACUGUGCAUUGUUACUAUCUAAGUAUUACACACUGUUAAUAAACUGAACUGAUAUUUAAGUGGAUAAUGCUGAUCCAAAGAACGAGGAAUUGGAGCCCUAAUCUCAAGCGAUGAGAAUGAAUUGCAUAUGUCUGAUUAAAGGGCACUAUAAGCACCAUGACAGAUUGUUCAAAUGGUUAUGGUGCAAAGAGUCUUUUGGUUUUCUCUCCACUAAUGAAAGAUUUGCUUCUCAAAUGCCGUUUGGCUAACAUGGAAUUAAACUUUCAUAUUAACCAGUCCAACUGUGGGUGGGAGUGGUAGACUAAACUAUUCUCAGUACUAAUGCCAUCCAGAGCUAUAGUGGCUAAUGUGGAAAUUCACUUCAACAUUAGCCAAGCAGAAGCAGACCAGAAAUCUUGUUUCAAACUAAAGAAACUGGGUGGACAGAACCCACAGAUUUGUGCCAAAAUCACUGCAAUGAUAUCUAGUGGUUUUUAGUGCUUAGAAUAGCCCAUUUUAACCAAAUCAUUGCAGACCGCCACUGCGCAGUGGAAGGGGUCCUUGAAGUGUGUUAAUGACCUUACAAUGUACAAAUAGCCUUAAGGAAACUAUAAGGUAAAUACACCCCUUAUUUUAUUAAUGCAUUUUGUAGGUCUAUGGUUCCCGGUCUUCAAAUUCAUUUUCCAAGGCUUAUUAUUUUCUUAUCUUUUCCCUUCUGCAGUAGAAGCAUACUUCUAGACAAAUAACAGUAGACCAUAUUGUGAUUGUUUAGUGAACCUUCUAUUACUGAGCAGCCUCCCUAGUGCCUGGUUGUACAUACACAUCCACAGGGAGAUGUCCAUGUAUCAUGCAGAGUUUGUUACUCCACAUCCUGUUUACACGUUAUAAGAUCUACUCUUCCUGUUUCUCUGUGUUCAUUUUUCUUUCCAUUGAUGUCAGUGAAAUAUUGUUGCAACGUGCAGUUUCCUUAACAUUUCUACAUAUGAGAUUUAUCAUGCUCCAUGAUGUGCGCCAAGAAGAUGGUAUUAAAAAUUUCUUUAAUGAGGCAUAUGAUUUAUACAUCAAGGUAAGCUAUAAUAAUGUAGGCUAUGUAACAGACUGUAUUUAGAGCUUUAAUGUUACUUGAUAUCUAUAAUGUUAAUUUCUGAAUUCUAAUUGCCUCUCAUUUAAUAUGCGUGUUAUUCACUUUGGUUGGCAAUGGAAAUUGUCAUUCAGGUAUCCAAAUAAGUUAAUUCGAUUAGACCUGAAAAUGCAAAUACAGUUUAGAACAAUUAUUUUGAAUUUUCUUUAAAAAAAUAUAUAAAUUGUAAUGUCUGAUUUUCUUGCAAAUUAUGUUUGUAUAUUUAUCAUACACUGAAAUAACAUUGCAAUUCUGGGUUUGGCUAUUUAAAAAGCAGAUUCUGAUAUUCUUGCUUAUCUUGUGGGAUGAUCAAGUUUGGGAAACUGCCCCCCAUGAACUCGCCCGUGCAGCAGCCUCUUUGAUGUGCUACUCUGGUCAAGAUUAAAUUGGUACACUUAGCAUUUACACUAUUCAUGCAAGACCCCCUGUACCCCAUAUUAAUAAAUAACCUUCCCUCCACGGUGUCACAUUUUCAUAUACUGCUCCUAGCACCUGAUGCUAUAGGAACACUUCAAGCAACCUGCUGUAGUGGUUAUGGAGCUAGAAGUACUCUCUCAGAGUAAGUUGUUGAAGUGUUUAAGAACGGUUUAACAACUUACCUGGGUUUUCUUAGGCACCCACAAACAUAUGCCUAGUUCUAGACUCUCCUGUUAGGAUAAUCUAGGUAGCUCCACCUUACUCUAUAGAACCACACAAUGUCGAAUAGUUCCAUUUGAGCUUGGCCUAACUUAGGCAAGACAAACAGCUUCAAUAGCAGGAGAAAGGAGUGCCCUGGCAUCAGGGAACCCAGGUAAAUUGUCAAAACUAUCUUAAACAAUUUGACAAAUGACUGCAAUGACGCUAGGACACUUCCUGCACCAUAACCAUUACUGUGGGCUGUAGUGGUUAGGCUGCUUGGAGUGUUCCUUUUUAACAUUUGUGUUUAAUAUGAUCAAAGUUUAUUUGGAGAACAAUAAAACUCAGUUAUAACAUAUUGAAGUUCUGCAUUAUUCACAGAAAUUGUGUAUCAUUGCAAAAUCUAUUGUUCUUAAAAGGACACUAUAGUCACCAGUGCAACUACAUGUAUUCCUGACCCUAUAGUGUUAACACGACCAUCUAGCCCACCUGGGCCCCUCAUGCCUCCAUAAAUAUAGUAAAAACCUUACUGUAUUCAAGCCAGAAGCUGUAAAUCUGCAUGCUAUUAGACUCAGGAAAAACAAGCAGUCUGCUGACAUGUGAUAGCCUGAUCCAAUCACAGGGCUUCCCCAUAGGAUUGGCUGUGACUGACAAGGAGGCAGAUCAGGGGCAGAGCCAGCAUGAUUCAAACACAGCCCUGGCCAAUCAGCGUCUCCUCAUAGAGAUGAAUUGAAUCAAUGAAUCUCUAUGAGGAAAGUUCAGUAUCUGCAUGCAGUGGGAGGAGACACUAAAUCACAGGAUGCUCGUGCACAGCAGAUCUGAGUGGAUGGAGGCAUAUUAUGCCUCCAUUAACUCAGAAGUCCCUCUGGUUCACUAUGAGUGACUGCAACUGGAGGUGUUCCUAGCUUUCAAUGUAACCACAGUAUUUUCUCAGAAAAUAGUGUUUACAUGAGAGGCUACAGGGAGCUAUAGUUCUCACCUGAACAACCUCAUUAAGCUGAAGUUGUUCAGGUGACUAUAGUGUCCUUUUAAAGGAGAUCAGUCACUUCAAUUAAAUUACAUCAUUGAGUAAAACAGGGCUCAGCAUUUUCCCACUUCAAAAUUUAGCCCAUUAUUUUGUUUUCCUCCUACCCAUGUUCAGUGACCGGAAAGUGUUAAGCUUUAUGAUAAUGCUUGACCAGGAGCAAAGAUGAAAGGACUUAGUUCAAGGUUAGAGCUAAAUAAAGCUAUGAAGAUUUAAACAUUUAACUUUAGGUUAGACCUCACAAAACACAUUUGUUAAAUAUAGGGCAUGAGUAAAUAUGACUGUUCACCUUUAAUAAAUAAUUGCUGAUUUGUUAUAUUACACUGGCAGGGUCAUUCACUAUAGUGAGAAUUCAAAGUGAAUUUCAAAUGUAAGGUCAAAAUAACUGAAAAGCAAAAUUCUCUAAAUAGGCUUUCAGUUCAACUUCGUUGGCCUAAAAUUUAAAAUUCAGUUUGAAGGCUUAUUCACUAAAGUUAGAAUUCAAAGUGAAUUUAAAAUGCAAGGUUAAAAAGUAGCCUUAUGGAAACAUUAUCCAAGUCAUCUAUGCUUCGAGUGAAGCUACUUUUGGUCUUAAACCUGAAAGUUACUUAGAUUUUUGACUUUAAUUAAUAAUCAUGUACAUUUCUUAUUUAUGUGACAGUAAAGGAUAAACUAGUUUUUGGGUUUUUUCCACCAGUUUGCCAUGAAUCCAUUCUAUGAAACCAACUCUCCAAUAAGGUCUACUGCCUUUGAUCGGAAGAUACAAUUUCUUGGCAAGAAGCAUCUGCUCAGCUGA